AUGUUGCAAAGCAAAACGUUCAGCAAGAAGACCAGAGGCGGCAAAGUCCAAAAGCUUGUCAGAGAAGUGUACCUGAGGGACGAUAUCUACUGCGGAGCUUCUUUUUGUAAAGUAUGCGAUACUGCUUCUGCUCCCCUUACUGCUUCUGCCUCUACAAUCCUCGUCCUCGACACGAACGUCGUUCUCAAUCAGAUUGAUUUGCUUGAGAAUCCGGCUAUUGAGGAUGUGGUUGUGCUCUCCAUUGUUCUCCAAGAGGUUAAGAACAAGAACACUGCCGUGCACAAUAGAAUUAGAGCCCUCUGCAGUAAUCCUGCUAGGAAAUUCUUCGUUUUCUCUAAUGAGUUCCACAGGGACACUUAUGUUCAGACCAUGUCUGGAGAAACUCCAAAUGACCGAAACGAUCGAGCAAUUAGGGUGGCCACCAGGUGGUAUCAAAAACAUCUCGGUGAUGUAGCGAAGGUUUUACUUAUUACUAACGAUAAAGAGAAUAAGAGAAAAGCUAGCGAAGAGGGUGUUUCUGCUGAGACGAUUGAAUCAUAUGUGCAAUCUCUUGGCCAGCCGGCAUUGCUUGACCUGCUUGUUCAACCAGCAUCAGAAGAUGUAGCCAUGGAUGAAGCAGAAGAUCUGAGACCUUCGAAGAGGAAAGUCGUCUACCCAGAGCAUAAGCCCAUGUCGGAAAUUACUUCUGGUCUGACCAGUGGAAUAUACCAUCAAGGAAAGCUUCGGGUGAACCGUUACAAUCCCUUUGAAGCAUAUGUUGGAAGUGAAAGCAUUGGUGAUGAAAUAGUUAUUUAUGGACGUGGGAAUAUGAAUAGGGCUUUUGAUGGUGAUGUGGUGGCUGUUGAAUUACUUUCCCGGGAUCAGUGGCAUGAAGAAAAAUCUUUAUCAAUCGUGGAUGAAGAGGGUGAGGAUGAAGAUGUUCAUUUGGUCCCAAGCAGUGCUGAUGAUGCUCCUCGACCUACAAAAGCGGUGCCAGGUUCUGCAUUGAAUGACAACUCUCUUACCUCCCGUCCAUCUGGUCGCAUCAUCGGUAUCAUCAAACGGAAUUGGCAUUCCUAUUGUGGAUCUUUGGAGCCUAUGCCAAUGCCUGCUGGAAGUGGCAGUCUGGUUCAUGCGCUGUUUGUUUCUAAAGAUCGCAGGAUUCCUAAAAUACGAAUUCAGACUCGGCAGGUUGAGAAUCUGUUGGACAAGAGAAUUAUUGUGGCAGUUGAUUCUUGGGACCGUCAAUCACGGUAUCCUUCUGGACACUAUGUACGAAGUAUAGGAGAGAUAGGGGAUAGAGACACUGAAACUGAGGUUGUCUUGAUAGAAAACGAUAUUGAUGCCCGUCCAUUUUCUACUCAAAUUUUGGCAUGUUUACCACCCUUGCCCUGGUCAGUUUCUGCAGAGGAUUUGGCUAAUCCUAGCAGAAUGGACUUGCGUCAUUUGCGCGUCUUUAGCGUUGAUCCACCAGGAUGUAGGGAUAUUGAUGAUGCACUGCACUGUAUGAUGCUUCCAAACGGGAAUUUUGAAGUUGGAGUCCACAUCGCUGAUGUUACAAACUUCGUUCACCCUGGCACCCCACUUGAUGAUGAGGCUACACAAAGAGGCACCUCUGUCUACCUUGUUGAGCGUCGUAUUGACAUGCUCCCUAAACCUUUAACAGAAGAUAUAUGUUCUCUUCGAGCUGAAGUAGAAAGACUAGCUUUCUCUGUGUUGUGGGAAAUGACACCCGGGGCUGAGAUUAUUUCUACAAAAUAUACAAAGAGUGUAAUUAAGUCAUGUGCAGCGUUGUCCUAUGUUGAAGCUCAGGCUAGGAUGGAUGAUAGUCGAUUGAUGGAUCCAGUAACUCAAGACUUAAGAAACAUGAAUACUCUGGCAAAGACAAUGAGACAAAGGCGAAUUGCAAGAGGAGCACUAACUCUUGCUUCAGCAGAGGUCAAAUUUCAGAUUGAUACUGAGACUCAUGACCCUCUUGAUAUUGGAAUGUACCAGAUUCGCGAGGCAAACCAAAUGGUAGAAGAGUUCAUGCUUGCUGCUAAUGUUUCAGUAGCUGACCAAAUCCUUAAACAUUUUUCCGACUGUUCACUGCUAAGGCGUCAUCCUACUCCCACCAAAGAUAUGCUGGAACCUUUGUUGCGCACAGCUGCUGCAAUUGGUUUGAACUUGGAUGUGUCAUCAUCGAAAGCACUAGCUGAUUCACUUGACCAUGCUGUGAGCGAUGAUCCAUAUUUCAACAAGCUCAUUCGUAUUAUGGCAACCAGAUGUAUGUCACAGGCGGUGUACUUCUGCAGUGGUGAUCUGAGCCCACCUGAGUUCUAUCAUUAUGGUCUUGCAGCCCCUCUGUACACUCAUUUCACAUCACCUAUUAGGAGAUACGCAGAUGUCGUGGUGCAUAGGUUGCUGGCUGCAUCUUUAGGGAUAUAUACGCUCCCAAUAGUAUUCCGUGACCGGCCACAGUUAACCAGUAUUGCUGAUAAUUUGAAUUACCGGCAUAGGAAUGCCCAGAUGGCAAGCAGAGGUUCCGUCGAGCUCCACACACUAAUAUACUUCAGAAAGCGCCCUACUGAGACGGAGGCCAGGAUUGUGAAGAUAAGAUCCAAUGGUUUUAUCGUCUUUGUGCCCAAAUACGGCAUAGAAGGGCCGGUUUACCUGACCCCUAAGGGCGAGAAAGGCGGGAGCAGCGGGGGGGAGUGGUUUGUGGAUGAGCAGCAGCAGAAGAUCAAGAAGAUGGACGGAAGUGUUUCUUAUGGGAUUCUGCAGGCCGUGAAGAUCCAGUUGGAGGUUGCUGAGCCUCAACCGAACCGACCUAAACUCCAGCUUACCCUUGUCUCCUGA